GAUUGACAGCUGCAGCAGGACACCUGACGCGCGCGGCGCACGGGGAUGAUGGGCGGCUCCGGGAUGCGGUUCUCUCGGUGACACGGACAUUAGACGGAAGAAUGACACUGUAAGACUCGCGUUUUCGCUCGUCAUUUGAUGUCGUCUCCGGUAACGCGUCCUCGCGCCGCGUCGCGCAUGAUGGACGCGUCCGCGGUGAAGAAGAGCGCGCCGGUUCCGGACCUCUGCCCACUGGACCGGUACGACCCCACCCGAGCCAAGACCCGGGCCAGUGUGAGCUGGAUCCUGAGCCGGGGCCCUGGAGAGAGUGCUCCCGCUGGGCUCGAUCCGGCCGGAGGAGUGUGUCCCGCUGUAGAGCGCCUCCUGCUGUCCGCGGAUCUGUACUGCAGUGUGUUCUCCUCAUCCGCUCUGGCCGGCGUCACAGCGCCCCCUACAGGCCACGACUCUCUCCUGCAGCUGCUCGACCGCUACGGCCUGAUCCCGCUACACACACAUCGGCAGGAGCCGGUCACUGCCGCGCAGCUGAGUCACACACCCAUCGACAUGGGGGCCCAUCUGGCCGUGAUUGAUGCGCUGAUGUCACUGAGCGCCAUGGAAACAGUGGGUCGGGUCAAGAUGUCGAAGGACACGGAUCAGUUCGGGGCCGACAAGAGCUGGGAGAACGCUCUGCUCUUCUGGAUCAACAAGGUCAAUCAGAAGCUGCGGGAAAACGCUGAUGUUGAAGAGAAUCCGAAACCAAACACCUGUACUGACCUGCAGCCUGCUUGUCCACAGCGCUGGUACUGGAAACUGGUUCCACAUGCCAUCGCAUUUUGUUUGAAGGAGUCGGGGAAUAAACCUCCUGUGAUCCGUUACAGGAAAGAUAAGGUUCAGUCUAAAGAGACUCCGGUGUUCGUGGUGGUGUCGGGAGUGAAGGAUCUGUCCAACGGAUGCGCCAUCGCUGCUGCGCUUCACUUCUACUGCCCUCAGAUUCUGCCUCUGGAGGAUGUGUGUUUGAAGGACACCAUGUCCACGGCAGACAGUAUGUACAAUCUCCAGCUGAUCAGACAGUUUUGUGAAAGUCACCUGAAGAGCUGCUGCCCCCUACAGGUGGAGGAUUUACUGUAUGCCCCGCCCACUUUACAGGUGAACAUCAUGUGCUUCCUUUCUGAGCUGUUCGCCGCCUUCGAAGUGGAUAAACCAGAUUUCGUCAAACCCACACACACACUGGACCUAACAGAUGCAUCUGAUCUGGUUGACUGCACGAGUCCGAUCAGUGGCAACAGUGGCUCCCCUUCUUUCCUUCUGAAGCAGUCGCUCCUGCCUCAAUCCCCCUCGGUGUCCGAAGGACGGGGCUGGAGCAAAAAGCAAAUUAGCCGCCCCCUCUCGGCCGUAUCCUUCAGCAUCCCAUUCCCACUGGACAGUGAUGUUGAUGUUGUAAUGGGGAACCCUCUCUACCGUUCCGUCAGCACGGACAGCCUCACUAGGGUAACCGACCCUGGCUCUUACACGCCCCCUGAGGAUCUGAGUAAGCUCAUUGGUCAAGCUCCUCUAGGAGAGUUGCCUACCAUAGAAGAAGGUUUACAAAUCAUUCAUACUGGCCGGCCGGUACACAACGAGCCUCGUAUGCGGCCAGAGGGGGCGCCGUCUGGCUUUUACCUCCACUCGCCUGAGGAGGGUGGAGCCAGACUGAGCAGCUCUGCCCCAUGCCGGACUGGGAUGAUGCAUCGACCAAUGGGAGGAUGGAUUAAUAGCAGCGGGAACCAAAAACGGCAACCUGUAGGUUCACAAGAACACAAUGUAGGUUUAGAGUGUGACACACCUGAAAACUCCCCCAAAACCUCCUCCAGUCCAGCCAACGGACCCAAGAGUGGUCGCAUGACAAACUUUGCUGAACGCAGGAAGAUGAUGCCAGAAUCCCCAAGUAACUCCAGGUCCCAGGAGGUAGUGUCGUUGUGCAGCCCCGCAGAGAUGAGCCCUGUUGGGGCAGUGGAAGCGCAGGAACUGGGAGCACGUCUAGAGGAGAAACGCAAAGCAAUUGAAGCACAAAAGAGGCGGAUUGAGGCCAUCUUUACCAAGCACAGGCAGAGGCUGGGCAAAACGGCUUUCCUUCACCUCCAGAAGAAACAAGGGGAAGAAGUGGGAGACGACGGACAGUCCCUUACCCUUGAUGAACGACUGACACAAAUGGAGCAACAGCUUCAACGAGAGGAGGACAAAGAGAAGGAAGAGGAGAAGAGUAAACUGGAGGAGAAUAAGACUGAAAAGGAUGGGGAACAGAAGAUGAACACCAGCGAUGUAGUAUCCCCGCCUAAACUGGAGAAGCAGGUGACCUUCUCUGUUGAUACAAAAAAAGAGGUGGAGAAAGAGCCUCCUUUGGAGGAAUAUAAUGAGGCAGUAGCUAAGCUAAGCUCCACCCUACAGAACUUACAAAGGGACAUGCAGCUCCUUACAGAACAGCAGCAAAGGCUCAUGGGAAAGAAACCUCUGAGUUCUCCGAAAAACACCUCUUCAAAUAAGACAACUGCCUCCAGUAAGGCCUGGGUCAUCCCAGCGGGUCCCAAAUCCCCCCAUCUUUCUAGAGACUCCACCCGUAUCAUCUCACCCUCUAGAUCUCCUUCACGUUCUGCACAACCUUCGGACACGCCAAGAUCCCCUAAAAGCUCAGCAUCAUCUGCUCCACGCAGAUCCCAUGGAGCUACUCCUAAGAGCCCCAAACGUCAACGUCCCUCCCGCCCCACAGAACUCGGCUUCCAGCCUCUCACACGUGUCCUAACACCCCCACGGAACGUGGACACGCUUCCCCAUCUGCGGCGAGUCUCUCCGAGUCAGUGUCAGGUGCAGACUUGCUCCUCACUGCGAUUCGGAGGUCCACGCACACCUCAGGACUCUCCGCUGCAAUCUACUCUGCCUCAAGAGAGCACAUCAGAAUCAGGCUCCAGCGAGCAUCACACCCCGAUCUUCACCCUGGAGCUUGAGGCUGGACCUCCGUCCGCGCUCCCAGCUGAACUCUUAGGCGGGGGGAGCAGUUCGGGAGCCCCGUCAGAGUGCUCGUUUGAAAGCGACAUGUUCCUGAGCAGCGCCCUGGUGAAAGACGAGACAGAGGGUGCGGGGACCGUGGGAGACGACACAGAUCUGGAACAGGGUGCAGAAAUAUUCUCAUCGGAUUCCAUGAGUGACCAGACGGAGAAUGAGAGCAGGCUGGGACUCGAUGUGUUCUUCAAGGAGGAGGGUCUCUCGGAGGAGGAGAUGGCCCUGAAAAGGGCUCUGCUAUUUGAGCGGCAGCAAAGACGAGCGCAAGAGAUCAAGAAACGGCCAAGAUACGGGCAAGAUCCUGAGAACAGUCAACAGGUUUCUGUGGAUGACCUGCGACCCUCUCAAACUCCACCGCUUUCACAGUCACUGCCCACCUCAUACACCCCGCCCCCUCCUUCAAAGGCCACGCCCCCAGGAACACCCCUGCGUUGGGGAGCAUUCACACGGGCAGAGUAUGAAAGGCGCCACCAGCUGAAGAUAAUGUCUGAUCUAGGGAAGGUUCUCAAACAGAAACCAGCUAAGCACAGUGGGAAAAAACAGCUCACACAAAAACCACACAACAACCAUGAGGUUACUCACGCACGCUCGCCAGGGAAGAACAAAACAGUUGUAGCUAACCAGAAAAAUGGCGGAUCUCUACCAGCUGAAAAACCAGCAAGUCGUUCAGAGUCACCCUCAAAAGUGAUAUCAUCAGGGAAACCGGCCAAUCUGAAUGGAGAGAAAGACUGGGAGCAAGCCUCCUCUCCAGCCUCACUCCCAGAAUACACAGGUCCUAAAUUAUUCAAGGAACCCAGUUUUAAAUCCAACAAGUUCAUCGUUCACAACGCGCUCUCACGCUGCUGCCUCGCUGGCAAGGUCAACGAAUCCCAGAAAAACAAGAUUAUAGAGGAGAUGGAGAAGAGCUCCGCCAGCCACUUUCUGAUUCUCAUGCGUGAUUCCAACUGUCAGUUCCGCGCCAUCUACACCCUCGACGGCCAAUCGGAGGAGCUGCAACGACUAUGUGGCGUCGGCCCGCGUGUCAUAUCCUCGUCGGCCGUGGAAGCCAUUUAUAAAUACAGCUCUGACAGGAAACAGUUCAAUACUCUUCCGUCUCGUACAUUGAGUAUGAGCGUCGACGCUUUCACUAUCCCCGCCCAUCUCUGGCACACUAAGAAACAUGGCACGCCCAAAAAAGUAGCCACGCCCAUCCAUCAAAAUAAACCACUCCCACUAUAAUAAAGACCUGUUCGCACCAGGAACAAUAAAUAUAACAUUAUAAGCAAUGUUGGGGAAAGUUACUUUGAGAAGUAAUGCAUUACAACAUUGCGUUACGUCCUUAAAAAGUAACUAAUUGCGUUACUUAGUUACUUUUAGAAAAGUAAUGUUAAGUUACGUUAAAAACAAGCCCUGCCCAGGUGAAAAAAAAGUUACUUUUGCGUUACUUUUUUCCCCACCUGGGCUGGGCUUGUUUUUUUUUAUAACAAAAAUGUUAUGACAAAACUUUCAGCUGUUAUUCUGGAGAACAAAAAAAUCUAGUCAUUUUUGCUUAUGGUUUAACGGAAUCGUCAAAGGUCAGAAGCAAGUACAUUAGUCAAUAAAGUGAGAUUAAAUGUAUAAACAGUUAUGUUUUAUUUAACAUAUUUAGUUAUUGGAGGUUUGCAUAGUAUUCUGAUUCUGCAUUUCAAUGAUUGUAUUCAUUUUGAGGAAUAUGGAAUUUUUUUUUGUGCAAGUGAGAUACUAGAACUACAAUAACCACCAUGUUUACACACAACGCCUCUGCA